AUGUCAGCUGGGCCCCGGCCGGUGACACAUACGAGGCCUAUCCGGAGCACUCUCCUGCCGAGGAAGGAUAUCCAGGUGAUCAAGGACCCUCUAGUGAAGGCAAAUACUCCCUUUUUGGAGAUCAUCCUGCUGAUUUAUCUCCAAUCUAUGAAUCUGAAACCGGGAGUGAUCGUGGACCAAGCUCUGCUAUCCAUCAGGAGGGUCCAAGUAACGCAAAGCUGUCCUCGACUGAUUCCGGGGGGGGAGGGGGGUGCAACCGAUCAGGGAAGUCUCUCUGAAGGAGGCAUCGACUCCGGACCGCCUCCCGCUCAGGAGAGCGUAGAUCCUCCGCCUGCUAAAGAAGAGCUCUCGGUGAACGAUGAGUCUAGAAACGAAACUAGCCUCAGGCCAACCCCCACGGCUAAAGGCGAGGGUCUAAUGCUUGAGCCUACUCCUCCUGUAUCUGUCUCUGACGAGGGAGAAGAACUAGAGCUGAUUCUUCCCUCCGAGGAUGCGAGUGGAAGCAAAGCUUCUUCUGUCAAGGAUACCCGUUUAAAUGACGACGAAUCAGACCUUUCAAAAGAUGCAGGCUCGGAAGAUGACGAACCUGCUCCAGCCAAGAAUGGAUGUGGAAGAAAAUCAUAUUCCGUCAAGGAAGCAGUCUUGGUAGAUGACAAAAUCGAGCCUUCACCCGCUCUACCUGAGCAUGCAGAUGCAAAAAAUGGCGAGGCCUCUCUCAUCAAAACCGAGAGCGACAGAAAGCCAACUUUCGUCAAGGAUCAAGGCUCGAUAGACGACGAACUCGCUUCGGCGAAUUAUGAUGAUGCGAGCAGUGUCAAGGUCCAUCUCAUCACCAGGGACGCGGGCAAAAGCAAGCCCCCUUCCGUGGAGGAAGAGAAUGCAGCCGAUCAAGAGCCCAUUCCAUCGUCUACAGAUUAUGGCAUCUCGCCAUCCGAUGAGUCGGACCUCAACCCAAGGAGCUCUUUACUCUUCAGUCCCACCAAAGCAGAUGGGCCGUUACCAAAUCCCAGAGCGACUCGUGCUCAGGACACAAUCUGCAGAGUAUUCCGGCGGAGUGAUGCCGAUAACAUGUAUGAGCGAUACAGGCAUCAUCUCCAAUCCUGGGAGAUCCCCGACGAACUGAGAUGUGAAGUUGUUCGUCGCUUCCCGGAGCCCAUUAUCCACGUCAUGGAUCCAAUUGAUCGGCUUCGGGUCGGACUGCUCGCCAGGGCUCACGGCAUCAGCCCGGUCAGUCGACUCUGCGGGGCGGCCAACUCAGAGAAUGUUGACGAGACCAGCGCCAAGAUUGAGAAGAAAAUCAAUACAAAAGCCCAUGUGGUUGAGUCUCCGUGUCCACUGCUAGAUAUCGCAGAGGACAUGUUGGUCAUUGCAAACCGAGAAGAUGACCAGGAGAGGAAAUGUGUCUUGAGUGCGCUCGCCAACGCUAUCGGCCUCUGCCACGAGAAGUACCAUUCGUCCCAAACAGUACUCUGA